CAGCGACAAGGGCAGGUGCUUAGCAGGGCACCCAGUGACAGGACUGGCGUUGUGCUGGGGCACAGAGACAAGCUCCAGGCUGAGGAGGCGCCAUUCCCGCUCUCCGUCCCUCAGCUCUCUCCCUUCCGCCGGCUCUCUGCAGCUCGCCCCCGCUCCCCAGGCGCAUGCGCAGCGGCUGUGGGCGCCGGCCGGCUCCACCGUGGCGGAAGGAGAGGAGGCCGGCACGGAGAUGGACGCCGCCGGCAAGGAAGAGAUGGAUAUGGAAGUAAUGAAGCCUUUAAUUGAUGAACAAAAUUCAGACAGCAUCUCAGAUGAGGAACAUGAAAAUGACAUCCUGCCAGUUGAGAAGCAUUACCAACUUGAAAAUGAAGAAGGCAUUACGUUUAUACAAACACUUACCCACCUCCUCAAAGGAAACAUUGGAACUGGGCUUCUUGGUCUUCCACUUGCAAUAAAAAAUGCUGGCAUUGUGAUUGGACCAAUCAGCCUCGUGUUCAUAGGAAUUAUAUCUGUUCAUUGUAUGCACAUCUUGGUACGUUGCAGCCACUGUCUAUGUCAGAGGUUGAAAAAAUCCUCACUGGGGUAUAGUGAUACAGUUAGUUAUGCCAUGGAAGUGGGGCCUCUGACUGCUCUUCAGAAAAGAUCUUCCUGGGGAAGGUAUAUUGUGGACUUUUUCCUAGUGAUAACACAGCUGGGAUUUUGUAGUGUUUAUGUUGUGUUCUUGGCAGAAAAUGUGAAACAAGUCCAUGAAGGAUUCUUGGAAAUCAAGUCUGCUUCUAUAAAUGUCAGUGCCACCAGCAAUUCUGAGAAAAGGAGUACGGAUUUACGAGUGUACAUGCUGUGUUUCCUGCCGUUUAUGAUCCUCCUGGUCUUUAUUCGUGACCUUAAGAGCCUGUCCUUGCUUUCACUGCUUGCCAAUUUGUCCAUGGCUGUCAGCCUUGUCAUCAUUUACCAGUAUAUUGUUAGAGAUAUAACAGAUCCUCAAAAACUGCCUCCUGUGGUUGGCUGGAAGAAAUAUCCUCUGUUUUUUGGGACAGCAAUAUUUGCUUUCGAAGGAAUUGGUGUGGUACUGCCAUUGGAAAACAGAAUGAAGGACACCACACGGUUCCCACAGGCACUGAACAUCGGCAUGGGGAUAGUCAUGACCUUGUAUAUCUCACUAGCCACUCUGGGGUAUCUGCGCUUUGGGGAUGAAAUCAAAGGCAGCAUCACUUUAAACCUGCCACAAGAUAAGUGGUUGUAUCAGUCUGUAAAAAUUCUGUACUCCUUCGGGAUUUUUGUGACCUAUUCGAUCCAGUACUACGUUCCUGCAGAGAUCCUCAUUCCAGCCGUCACCUCCAAAGUGGAGCAGAAGUGGAAGUUACCCUGUGAACUUGUGGUGAGAACACUAUUAGUCUGCUCAACCUGUGCUGUAGCAGUUCUGAUCCCUCGCCUGGACCUGGUGAUUUCUUUUGUUGGAGCUGUCAGCAGCAGCACUCUGGCACUGAUUCUGCCACCGCUGGUUGAAAUCCUCACUUUCUACAAGGAAAACAUAAGUUUGUGGACGAUAUUCAAAGACCUUUUCAUAGCUGUCAUUGGAGUCGUUGGCUUUUUAACAGGGACGUAUGUGACGGUUGAAGAAAUCGUUUACCCUGCAUCCUUGGUUCUAACUAACACAACGGAGAGCAUCUCUGCUGAUUUGAAUGCUACAAACUUGGUGGUUGGCUAAAAGUAACGACCAUACGCCAUGAACUAUUUUGUUCCUUAAUGAGAAUCCAAGAUGGAUGGCAGACCUGCACAUGGGACAAAUUCCAGUGGAUUUUAAAUGAAUUAUCGAAAAAUUGCAUGCAGCCCUUUCUCACUCUGUUGUUUGUUCUUUCUCUCAUUACUUCAGAUCUGCUACCUGAAUUUACCCCUUUGCUCUCAAUCUUCUGUGCUCAUCUAGUGAAAAACUGAAUUGGUGUCAGGAUUUAAAAUACAUACAAUGAUACAGGAAGGUAAUGUGAUCUUAGAUUAUUUGCAAAACAGAAGAAGGGUUUUCCUAAGGAAGUCAAGAUGCUUUCCUCCUCAGAAAAGGUGGAAGUCAGUCCGUCCAUCAUAUCUCUACACAAAGUCUAGGCACUACUGUUUUCUCUCCAGCUCUGUUUUAAGGGCUCGUGUGGGAGUUCAGUGAUGCACAGACCUUCUCUUGGUUGUCUCUAGCGGGAUGCACCCCAGUGAACCAGGGACACUAGUGUUAGAAAUGAAGACCUGUGUUUUUUAUUUCCAUUCUGGGGACUUUGACGUUUGCCUUGGCAAAACUUUCAGGUGGUUACUGUUGUGUAGCUCUGGUCCCCGGGAGCCGGAUUGUCUGGAAUCACAGAGUGUUGUGCAGAAUGACAGUCGCUCUUGCGCAGUCUUUCCACAUUGGCUCCAAGGGGAGCUCUUCAAGCAACUGGAAGCACCAAACCCUCUUAGCACAGGCUAGUAUGGCAGACCUGUGGUUGGUGGGUUACCUGACAGUAAGCAUAAAGGCACUUUUUCAUGCUGACAGUUUGAACAUUCAAGCUGAAAAAUGGACAAGUGAGACAGAGGGGCAAGGCUUAGAGGUAAAGGCUGCAUCCUUUAUUAGAGCAAAAGAGGAAAAUGGCAUCCAUGGAGCUCUGCAGAGCCACGGGGGUAGGGCAGUCCCGAGCAGCUUCAGGUUUCAUGAUGGUAACUUCUUUUUGAGAAAGAAAAGGAUGAAACACUAGUUUCUAGAAUGGAGCUUACACCAUACUUUCACACAUAUAAGCUGUGGGUUAUCUGUGAAGGAACUUGUAAUUCACAGCACUGUGAGUUGCAGGGGGGCACAGAGGGUUUCUGCUUUGAAGCCUAUUUUCCCUAGAGUGCCCACCUGCCUGCAGGCUGUCUGAAGGUGUGGGUUGUCUCAGGACUUGCUUUCGACUGCUGGUACUGUAGAAAGGUACAGCUUGUAUGAGAUAUAGGGCAUACAUGUGAAAAUGAUAUAUUUUUAGCAAGUAAUUAUUUAUCUCCUUUGUAUUUUGAAGGAAAUGUUACAAAAUGUUGUUUAUUAGAGCAAUAUUACUUUCUUUAAUGAAGCAAAAAAAUCCAACACCACAAAAGAUGAUAUGAGUAGUUUAUUUUUGUACAUUUUGGUAACUGCUGCCCUAACCCAUUUUUUACACUGUUACUUUAUCCUUAAUUUCAAAUGUACAAAUGUAUAAAAUGGUAUUUUUUUUUCCCUUUACAUAUUGCUGUGUACAUAUUGCUAAGUCUGUAGACUAACUAUAUUUCUACUGGAGCAUAUAACAAUUAUUUUUGCAUGCUUAUGUUCUGCCUUAAAUAGGAUCUAACAUGCCCUUUACUAAUUUUUACUUCUUUUGUCCAUUUUGGAAGGAAAAAAGAACAUGUUGAUAAGUUGGUAAUUGGGUAGAAACGAGUUCUGUUCAGCAAGCAAGCGUGCUGAGUCCCCAGCCAGAAUCCUGAUUUUCAGGGCUCAUAUUUGACUUUCUGGCUCACACUGCAAAGGUGACUUUUCACUCCAAAUGCCAAAGCUAUAUUUUUGGUCUUGUUUCCUAAAAACACUCUAUAUUUUGUAAAAUAAUAGAACUGUAUUUAUCAUAGUCCUUUCUGUUAUGAAGAAAUUCCUUUUUCUAAGGAAUAUAUUUAACUAUAAUGUUCCUCCAAGACAUAUGGUAUGCCAAAACCUCUUUAUUAUAUUCAUACAAAUUAAGAAUUUAUGUAAUAUUUUGGUUGCUUUCUGUAUAUUCCUCAGAAAUUUACCCUUUGGUAAUCUAACAUUUUGCAUUACAGUGCUAAAAUAAUAUAGAGCUAGAUAUAUCUAUAUUUAUAUUUUCUCUUCAGAAUAUUUCUCCCGUCAUCUGCCAUGCGGUGACUGUAUAUGAGCACUUUCGUCUCCACUGAAGGCAUUUCUGAUAGGGAUUUGUUACAGCAUGUAGUUUGAGCUGUGUGUCCUUGUUCAAGCAGUAGUUCUGAGCAAUGUUCUUAUUUUUAUUUUAGUGUUAAGUUAAAUACUUCCCAGGCACUUUGAAGGGCUGAGUCUCAGCUGGUUUAAUGCUAUGGUAUUAACCUUAUGUAUGAAAGUGCCGCUGAGGAGCAAACACAGGUAAUUUAACAGAGAGGCAAAAGGUAACUUCAGCUUUUUGUCUUCAAGGCUUUUUUAAGCUGUUUUGAAACAUAUUGAAGAUAAAUAUUUCAGUCUGCUUGGUAAUAAACCUGCUGUGUUCCUAAACCAUACACUGAUAGACUGUGUUUCUGUGCAACAUGUGUCACUUGAUACUAAAUAUUUCUGCAUGGAACAUGUUUAAUGGGACCAAUAGUGUUUAAAUUAAAGCUAUUUUUCCUGAUUUGCAUCUGUCUACCCACAUGUGUUUGGAAAAUAAGGGAUUUUCAAGUCCAUUCAUAUCAUCUGUUCUUCAGUGAUUGUGUCCUAGUGAACACCUCUGAGAAAGUCCUGCCAGGGUGCAGAAGAAGUUGACCAACUCAGAGACUGGUGGUAAUUUUUGACAGGUGCAAGGGAAUAAGGACAUGAAGAUUUGCUGAGAUGGGUCCCUAUAGCACAGAUGAACGCAGCAGCUUUUGGAAAUUCAGGCCGCCUGUUUAGAAGCUUGAUAGGUUUGAGGAAUCUAAUCUGAGCCAUCAAACUUUGGAUAAGCUGGCCUGAAUACAAAGCCGUACAGAUCUUACUACCAUGUCUGGCAGGGGAGCAGUCUGUCAAGGGGCAGAUUUUCAGACAGAGGUAUUGCCAUUGAUUGGCCAGGUAUGAAGUAGUGUUUUUAUGCAGUGGGUCACUGUUGCCAUAUCUAAUUGUGUAUCUUUUGCAUCUUUAAAAUGUUUAUUAAUAUAUUUUAUACAAUGUUGGUUUUCUCCUACAGUGUAGGAUUUUCAUUAUUUUAACACUCAUACAGGGCUUUGUGUGGCCUGCUCUUUCAAAUAGAAGGAGUGAGGAAUCAGAGUAUCUUGCUCUGGAUGCGAUUAAAAUGUCACUAAUAGAACUAGAAAAGAACUACUACGUCUGAAUAAUAAGAGUGUUCCUGUGAAACAUUGCCAAAGAUUUAAAAGAUGGGAAAUCUGACAGAAACCUCUUCUGAAUACUAAGAGUGUUCAUUCAGCUUUUACAGUACUGUAAUAGAAAGUUCAAGUUAAGAUGCAAGGAGUGGAACUCCAGAUUUAAUGGGUUGGUUUACAUUAAUAUAUAUUUAAGAAGGAAAUGUACUUUAGCACAAGGUAAAUUAAACUGAAGAAUGUGAUUGGCUUAUGUUCUUGACAAGGAACAGAAAGCUAUUGUAUUUAUAUACUGAACAUGCACUUAUAUUUUACAGCAUGAUAUUGUUAACCAUUGUAAUGUAAUCAUUAGCUGCGCUAUAAGUAACUGGAUCAUUUUCUUGUCUGUAACUGUUCAUCUUCAAAUAUCGGGUGAGGAAGAAGGUGGCUUCACCUAAUGUUCUGUAACUUAAAUCUUCUGUAUCAAUAAAGACAACAAUAAUAAUCUUCUGCUUAUUAACU